AUGGAUUCUGGAGACAUGCCUAAGUCUGAAUACUGGCUCCAUCACUUGAUAGCUGUCGAACCCAGGGACUCCAGAAACGCGGACGGGAUGGAGCGAGCAGAGGACGCUGAAGAAACUUCUAGCGAACACAGGUGCCACCGUUGGAGACGAGGCUCCGAGCCGGCAGACGGCCGGACAGCGCCUCUCGCAGGCGGCGAGCGAUCGGGAAAGGGCCGCCGCUUCCGUCAUUUCCGCUUCCGCCGCCCGCCCUCACGUGCCCUCUUCAACCUGACCUACCGGGGAGGGGCCUGGCGCGCCACCGCGCGUGACCGGAGCCCGCGAGCCGAGAGGCCCGAGAGGAGGGACUCUGAGAGUCCAUUGGCAGAAAGGCGGCCCGAAAAGGUGACACUAAACUUGACAUUGUCGAGUAGGGCACAGCGAGGCGCGCGGGAGGACGCUGGCCUCCGACACGGGCUCUGGGACCGCGGUCUGCGGCAGGCCGCUCGCGGGAGGCGGGCUGGGGUGCGCUCGCGCCUCGGCGGCUGUGACGGGAGCCCGGGUCGGUCGCUCAGUCUCGCUUGGCCGUGGUUCUUCCCGGAGAUCCGGCUGCGGAGCCCGAGGGCAGAAUGGAGGCGAAGGCGUGAGGGCGGGAAGGCCCGUACCCCCGGAAGGACUGAGGGGGAAAGGACUUCCAGGACCCUCGAGGGAAUUGAUGGUGUUUGGAAGGCAGGGAAAGGAAGGUGCCCAGGUGUGGAGGCCGUCCGAGGAGGUACUGGAUACUUGCAGAAGGAGCUUGGGCCUGCAUCAUGGAGGGAGGAACGUGGCAUCAUUUGGAGAAGGGAGCUUCCGCUCUUGGGACAUAAAGCUACUUCUCUGAUGCUCUUUCAAGUUCUCUCGAUUUGGGGCCUUCUAGACAAUUAAGGCUGCUCUUUUAAACCUGAA